UUGCAUGCGAGAGGUACAGGGUUCGAUACCCUGCAUCUCCAAAUUUUUUUUUUCUGCCUUUUUGGGCUGCCUGCUAAAGCUAGGGUUUCCAAUUUUCAUCAAUCGACCUGUGCGAAGAGAGAGAAAAAUACAAAAACAUGGCAGUUCCGCUCAUUAAUAUUGCUCCUAAUCUCAGCGUUUCCAGAUUAUGCUUAGGAACCAUGACUUUCGGUGAACAGAACUCGGUUGAUGAAUCAUUUCGCCUUCUUGAUAAAGCUUUUAAUUCUGGAAUCAACUUCUUUGAUUCCGCCGAAAUGUAUCCGGUGCCGCAGCGAGCAGAGACGCAGGGAAGGAGUGAGCAAUAUUUGGGCCGUUGGAUUAAACACCGGAAUAUUCCUCGAGAUCGUCUUGUUUUGGCUACUAAGGUUGCUGGGCCUUCUGGGCAGAUGACUUGGAUUCGAGGAGGGCCAGAGUGUUUGGAUGCUAAGAAUAUAGAGAAAGCCAUAGAUAAUAGCCUACUGCGCCUGCAAACUGAUUAUAUUGAUCUUUAUCAGAUUCACUGGCCUGAUCGGUAUGUCCCUAUGUUUGGAGAAAUUGAAUAUGAUCCAAGAAGGCAGUAUUGCUCUACCCCUAUAGAAGAACAGCUCCAUGCACUCACUAGAGCUGUUGAUGCUGGCAAGGUCAGAUAUGCUGGACUCAGUAAUGAAACGCCCUAUGGUGUGAUGAAAUUCCUACAAGUUGCUGACAGAAUUGAUGGUUCUCCAAAAAUUGUUACCUUGCAGAACUCAUACAGCUUACUCUGCCGGACUUUUGAUUCUUCAUUGGCUGAGUGCUGUCAUCAUGAGAGGAUCUUCUUGUUGGCCUACAGUCCUUUGGCUAUGGGCAUACUGUCUGGUAAAUACUUUGCAGGUGAUGGAGGUCCAGAAAAUGCUCGAUUGAAUCUUUUUCGAGGAAGAUAUUCAGAGGGGGAAUCUAGGUAUAACCUUUCCAGUGCUGCUACAAGGGCAGCCACGAGGGAAUACCUUAAAAUAGCAGAAAAGUAUGGCCUUCAUCCAGUUUCUUUGGCAAUCGAGCUUGACACGUGGCGGACAAUGAUUGGGAAGUACACGUCAACCAAUCUUAUGCAGCCGUUUUUUGAGAUAUGGGCGCAGACAUGUCAGGCCAAAAAGCGUUUAUUUUGGAGCACUCACUUGUUGCAAGUGCUGUUUUUGGAGCAACCAAGAUAUGGCAGCUUGAAGAGAUUCUCAAUGCUAGCCACAUUGAACUGGGAGCUGAAGUAAUUGCCGAGAUAAAUAUGGUUCAUUCAAGAUAUCCGAAUCCAUGCCCUUAACAUUUGCUCAUGUGGAUUUUUUUUUUUUUUUCUCUUGCUAUUGAUUCUUUUUGGCCAUUUGAGUUUUGGCUUUGUUUGUAAAUGUAGUGCAUCUUUCUGAUUGUUGAUUGGAGAUUUGGAGUACGCCAUAUGCCUUAUUGAAAUUUUGUAUGAGAGAUAAAACCCAUCAAAUUGAGUUUGUUUAAGGUCAUGUUUGGUAAUCAGAGGGUAUUUGUUUCAUUAA